CUCAAGAACCUCUUCCCUCCCCCAUCCCUCUCCGCCAGCUCAACCUUUGCCUGUCUGCGACUUGUUGUGCUCAAUCACUCGUGUCUAUACUCAUUGCAUUCUCCUCUUAUCCAUAAUGACCACCCAACUCACUCCCUCCAAGCAGGCUGCCACCUCUCUCGAGCAGUUCAAGAUGAGCGACUCGCCAGUCAAGAAGCUAAACUUCGCACCGGCUGACAAGGAGAACACCGCUACUCCCCUCGACGCGUCCGUUGUCGAGCAGACCAAGCCUGCCAUGGAGAAGCCUGCCGUGCAGGAAGCUCCCAAGGUAGCUUCUGGUAUCAAGGAGACCGAGGCCCACGAGCCUCUCCUCCAGGAGAAUCCUCACCGAUUCGUCCUCUUCCCCAUCAAGUAUCACGAGAUCUGGCAGAUGUACAAGAAGGCCGAAGCCUCCUUCUGGACCGCCGAAGAAAUUGAUCUCUCGAAGGAUUUGCACGACUGGAACAACCGUCUCAAUGAUGACGAGCGUUACUUUAUCUCCCACGUCUUGGCUUUCUUUGCCGCGUCUGACGGCAUCGUGAAUGAAAACCUGGUUGAGCGCUUCAGCGGCGAGGUUCAGAUUCCUGAAGCUCGCUGCUUCUAUGGAUUCCAGAUCAUGAUGGAGAACAUUCACUCCGAGACAUACUCUUUGCUCAUUGACACCUACAUCAACGAGCCCAAGCAACGUACCUACCUGUUUGAUGCUAUUGAUAACAUUCCUUGCAUUCGCAAGAAGGCUGACUGGGCUCUUCGCUGGAUCUCCGACAGAGAAUCCACAUUCGCUCAGCGACUGGUUGCAUUCGCUGCUGUUGAGGGUAUUUUCUUCUCUGGCUCAUUUGCGUCCAUCUUCUGGCUGAAGAAGCGCGGCUUGAUGCCUGGUCUUACUUUCUCCAACGAGUUAAUUUCCCGUGACGAGGGUCUUCACACUGACUUUGCCUGCUUGCUCUUCUCUCACCUCAACGUUCGCCCAAGCCCUCAGGUGGUUGAGAAUAUCAUUAUCGAUGCUGUUUCAAUCGAGCAGGAGUUUCUGACGGACGCGCUUCCUUGCGCCCUGCUCGGCAUGAACUCUAAGCUAAUGUGCCAGUAUAUCGAGUUUGUUGCCGACCGUUUACUCGUUGCUCUCGGCAACAAGAAGUACUACAACUCCACCAACCCCUUUGACUUCAUGGAGAACAUUUCCCUUGCUGGCAAGACCAACUUCUUCGAGAAGCGUGUUGGUGACUACCAAAAGGCUGGUGUCAUGAACAGCACCAAGAAAGACAAGGAAGCCGAAAAGAAAGAAGACAAUGCUGGCGGUCUUAGCUUCGAUGAAGACUUUUAGACCUGAAGCACUCUUUCUUGAAAUUUUCUUACGGAUAUCAGCGGGCUGUACAUGGCGUUGUCUCAUUUUCUUUGUAAACGAUUUGCUUUGCUUUUCUUAUGUCAUACCUCGAUGAGCUCAAUACACGGGUCCGGCGGCGUUAGUUAGGAUUUUGUCUUGCAUUUUAUUAUAUGCCCGGUGGUUCUUGUGUGACUGUAAUUAGCAUUAAUCCCAAUGUGGAUUUGGAUAUGUGAACCACGUGGACCAUGUAGGGAAUAUCAAUUGAUAGUAUAUUACAUCUAUAUACAGACAUAUUCGAAACCUCCA